AUGACUCCAGCACACUUCGCAUUUUCCUCCACCUUUAUGUUGGGCUUAGCAGGCCUCGCCUUCCACCGAACACACCUCCUUUCCGCCCUUCUCUGUCUUGAAGGCAUAAUGCUCUCUCUGUUUAUUGCCCUAGCCCUCUGAACCCUCCAGCUCGACUCAACAAACUUUGCAUCUUCCCCUAUAAUCCUCCUGGCCUUUUCGGCCUGUGAGGCGAGUGCAGGUCUUGCUCUUCUAGUAGCUACUGCACGUACACACGGCACUGACCGACUCCAAAGCCUUAACCUUCUACAAUGCUAA